AAUCUUUUACCUACUAGUAGCGCUAUGAGUGAUGGGUGAGUCUAGCACUCGUAAAAUUUCUUGCAGGUUGCUACAGGCGCUUUUUAAUUCUCCGAGUCUGAAGGAACGAUCGUACCGCGCCUGUCUAGGUCGGACCCAGGUAGAAAGCCAUUUGAAACAUAGGCUUAAUCAAGUCUAAAUCACUGUCAGCGAAAAUGUAAAGGCAUCAUGGAUGGACCAUGAGUCAGGCACUGUGGUGCCACUGGUGCUGGGAUGAUGAUCGAUGCCCCAUAUGAGCGUUUACUGGUUGCUAUUCAAACAACUGCUGUGUACAGAAGAUCUCAAAUGUCAAGAUCUGGUGGCUAAAUUAUCUGGCUUUUAUGUAUGCUUGGUCCCAUUGCAAGUUUCGAUGACAGCCAGCAACAUGUACCACCGGUCAAGCAGAUCCUUAGAGAAAGCUCCUCGCAGGAGACAGCAGGACGACUCAUGGUCCCAGGUCUUCAGGCCUCCAGCGAACGAGAGCAUGGAAGAGCGUACGGAGAGAAUGUAUCGACAACAGGAAGCACAGCGGAUAUCCCGGGAAAUUGACGAGAGCAUCCAAGAGUCACGGAAAGUGCUCGAAAGGAAGAAGAAAGCUAUCAAAGUUCUCCUCUUAGGACAAUCCGAGUCGGGCAAGUCUACAAUGUUGAAGAACUUUCAGCUUGCUUUCAGUCCAAAUCACUUUUCGAAUGAAAGACGUAUAUGGAAGGCUGUUGUACAACUGAACUUGAUAGGUUCCGUCAAGAAACUGCUGGCAGUACUCGACCUCGAACUCAAUGAUACCUCCAGACUAUCGCGCCCUCCUUCAUCUAGAUCCGGACCAAUGUCCCCUUCGAGUACACCAUUGACAGAUAAUCAUCGGCGUAUCCGCUUACGAUUGUUGCCGCUUCUCUCCAUGGAAUCAAACCUGACCCGCCAAUUACUUCCUGAACACUAUGACCCGGAGCGGUCACCAGAAAUACGUGUACGCGCUGGCAGCGGAUGGAAGGUCACAUUAGAAAGGGCCGUUUCUGUUGGCUCCCCUCCUAUGGAUCAUGCAGUAAACAUGCGUCGACCUAUAACCUCUGAUGGCAGGAAUAAAGACGAUCCAACUACGGUGCUGGCAGCGUGUCGAGAUGAUAUAAUCGCUCUUUGGCAAGAUUCAGUGGUUAGAGGUGUUCUCAAGAAGCGUGGCGUUCGCCUGGAGUCUACUCCAGGCUUCUUUCUUAACGACGCAGCCCGAAUAGCUGAUUCAGGAUAUGAACCAACUGAAGCCGACAUUGUGCGUGCCCGCCUACGGACAUUUGGUGUGGAGGAACAUAGGUUCCUUAUGGAAAAUGGGUCUGAGUGGUAUAUAUAUGAUGUGGGCGGCAGCCGAAAUAUGCGGCCUCAAUGGAUACCGUAUUUCGAUGAUGUACAGGCCAUUAUUUUCCUCGUCCCGCUGGCUUUCAAUCAAGUUCUAGAAGAAGACAACAAAGUAAAUAGACUUGAAGACUCUAUCUACCUCUGGAAAGAGGUUUGCGCGAACCCUCUAUUAGCCCGUGCCAACGUGAUACUAUUCCUGAACAAAAUGGAUAUUUUAGAGGAAACUCUCGCAGCAGGUGUUCGCGUAGAAACUUUCGUUCCAAGUUAUGGAGAUUCACCAAAUGACGUGUAUCAUGUCACAAGAUGUAGGCCAUUCCAAUUCCGUUGCCUACGUAGCCUUUUACCUUUUACUUACAAUAUCACCCUGAUAGAUUUCAGAGAGAAAUUCCGAGCUUAUCAUAAACGAUUAUCUCCAAAACCUCGCGCUUUCUUCUGCCAUGAAACAUCUGCUAUUGACACUAAGGCCACUCAGGCCGUGUUGCUUGUAGUUCGAGAAGGGAUCCUCCGCCAUCACCUAGAGAAGCUGAACGUCAUCUAAUAUCAGAUUGGACUAUUUAAAACUAUCUAUUCAUUUUGGUAUAUCUGUACACUAAUCUUUCUUGUGGUCAACUGCAGGCUCUGAAGGCUCGCCAUGGGCAUCAAUAUACAAUAGUCAUGUACGAAAUAACGUACUUGUAUCGCUACAGCAGAGUUAUUUUGCCAAUAGGUAUUCACAUGUGUAUGUGAUGUAUGAUAUGUCAUGUGGUACAAGUUCCCACUGUUAUUUGCUUCGAAACCUCACCGGUAUGAGGCCUCACCCCGCAUAGAUAAGUACAAUCUCGAUAUGGUGUACCACAUGUAAAUGUGAAGACAGGUCAAGAGAUAGGUCAACACAAUGUACACCAGGGAUAGAAGAUUGACUA